UCUGGGCCUGGGAAAGAGUGCAGGGCGAUAGCCUUGCACGGUUUGCAGGUGAGAUCACUUUGUGAGCCAGCGGCACAGGGCCCCUCAUAGUCUCUCCCCAGCCCGGAGACUGCGAGCCCAAGAGUGAGGGGCGCCCAGAGCCUCUGGCCCCGCCCCACCAGACUUAAAAAAAAAAAAAAAGGGAGACGCUGGGCGCAGGCGCAGAAAGCCAAGCCGUCGCCUUGCGCCAGCCCAGAAGUGCACAAGCAUGGAGGGACGCGCGGACUCCCGCGGCGAGCCCCGCGCUUGGCUCUCUGGGUCCGUGCUGGGCCGCUGCUGCGUGGAGCCGCUCGUCUUCUUUGCCAACUUCGCCUUAGUCCUGCAGGACCCGGUCACCACGCAGUACCUGUGGCACCGCUUCAGUGCCGACCUUGGCUACAACGGCACCCGCGAGAGGGGCAGCUGCAGCAACCACACAGUGGAUCCCACCGCGCAGGAAGUGGAGACUCUUACCUCUCACUGGACCCUCUACAUGAACGUGGGCGGCUUCCUGGUGGGACUGUUCUCAUCCACUCUGUUGGGCGCCUGGAGUGACUGUGUGGGCCGCCGUCCGCUGCUAGUGCUGGCCUCGUUUGGCCUGCUGCUCCAUAACCUGGUGUCCAUCUUCGUGGUACACCUGCAGCUCCAUGUUGGCUACUUUGUUCUGGGCCGCAUCCUUUGUGCCCUCCUUGGAGAUUUCAGUGGCCUCCUGGCAGCUGGCUUUGCCUCUGUGGCAGAUGUCAGCUGCAGCCGCACCUGUACCAUCCGAAUGGCCCUGCUGGAAGCAUGCAUUGGGGUGGCAGGGAUGCUGGCGAGCCUUGUUGGAGGUCACUGGCUCCAGGAGCAGGGAUAUGCCAACCCCUUCUGGCUGGCCUUGGCCUUGCUGAUAACCAUGACCCUCUAUGCAGCAUUCUGCUUUGGUGAGACCGUGAAGGAGCCAACACCUGCUCGGCUCUUCACACUCCGUCACCACCGAUCCAUUGUCCAGCUCUACGUGGCCCAGGCCCCAGAGAAGUCCAGGAAGCAUUUAGCCCUGUACUCACUGGCCAUCUUCGUGGUGAUCACUGUGCACAUUGGGGCCCAGGACAUCCUGACCCUCUACGAGAUGAGCACACCCCUCUGCUGGGACUCUAGGCUGAUCGGCUAUGGUUCUGCAGCUCAGCAACUCCCAUACCUCAGCAGCCUGCUGGGCCUGUGGCUUCUGCAGUACUGCCUGGAUGACACCUGGGUGGCUGAGAUCGGUCUGGCCUUCAACAUCCUGGGGAUGGUUGUCUUUGCAUUCGCUACCAUCACACCCCUCAUGUUCACAGGGUAUGGGCUCCUUUUCCUGUCAUUGGUUAUCACACCUGUCAUCCGGGCCAAGCUCUCCAAGCUGGUGAGCAAGUCAGAGCAGGGUGCUCUCUUUUCUGCUCUGGCCUGUGUGAAUGGCUUGGCCAUGCUGAUGGCCUCCAGCAUCUUCAACUCGCUCUACCCAGCCACCCUGAACUUCAUGAAAGGGUUCCCCUUCCUCCUGGGAGCUGGCCUCCUCUUCAUCCCGGCCAUUCUGAUUGGGAUACUGGAAAAGACUAAUCAUUGCCCUGAAUUCCAGCAGUUUCCCCAGAGUCCCUGAUCUGCCUGGACCAGAGGACAAAGGGCAAGAGGAGCAACGUGAGCACUAACCAACUGGAAGUAUUGCCUCUGGAUCCCAGCCUUCAGCAGCACCAGCAGCACCCUGCAAAGGGCAGUGUGGUCAAGCUCGACCAAGGCCCCCACCUCAUCCACAGCUAUGCCAGCCUAUGACUCUAGGAUCUGGAAUUGUAACCCAGACAGACCCACUCCAGGGCAGGCAGUGUGGGAGCCAUUUGGAACAGGGAUCUGUUUACCCUGUAGGCCAUCAGGCACAUAGAACCCUCCAGGGGAGAGGAAAGGUCCUGAUGGAGGUGACACUUCAGGGACCAGUUGAAGCAUGAGGGCUGGCCCCUCUGCUUCCAACCGAAACUGCACAGCUCACAGUGCUCAGUUUACCACGAGCAGCCACCAGUCACUCCUUAGUGAUGAAUAUGGUGCUCGGUCAGCACCUAGGGAGGGAGGGUUGUGGGAGUGGCUUGCUGCCCCUUGGAGGGAGAGUGCACUGUCUGAGGGUGGGAAUCAAUCUCUUGGGCUUAGCAGUGCCAAACAAUAAUUAUAAUCACCCUGAAGUGAA